AUGGUUCAGGUUCACACGCACAUUGCUGCUCUGAUGAGCCUGGUGGCUCUCGCGUUGGCGGACCAAGCCCCAGUCAACUGUGGCCGGUGGAGCGACCCUACCGGCCUCAGCGACAACACUCUCUACCGCUCCGGCGCCUCCGCCUUCACCAUCCAAUGUCACGAAUUCCAGGAGGCAAUCACGGACUGGAGAUACCAACGGAAUCCGGGAUCGGUGGACGCGUGUAUUGCCCUCUGCGCCGCGAGCAGCACCUGUCUUACUGCUCUCUCGACUUACGACGGGUAUGACUGCUGGCUCUCGAACACUGGCACGCAGGGCAUACGUAACCUAGCCAAUCCAAACUUCUCGUAUGUCAGUGCCUACAAGACAACCCCGGCGCUGAACUGCAAGGACAAGUCGAGCAACGGCGCCAUCUUCACCCCUCCCGGCUCGUCGACCAAGUACCAGAUCAUGUGCGACUACCAGUUCGGUGGUAACACCCUGGGCGCCUCGAAGCGCGCCGAGACGUUCGAGCAGUGUGUCGGCUUCUGCGACACGACUACCGGCUGUGUGGAUGUCGUCUACAGUGAUGCCAAGUACUGCUGGCUCAAGUCGUCCAAGACCAACGGCUACGUCAGUCCCGGCUGGUUCACGGCCCUCAAGGUGACAGAUGGCACUGCCAGCUCAGGCUCCGGAAGCACCAACACUGGAUCCAGUGGAAGCUCUGGCAUCGGCGCUAUUAAUUGCUUCGACAAUUCGGCCGACAAGACCGUCUUCAGAACCCCCACGGACACCUACGACAUCCGCUGCAACUUCCAGUACGACGGCGACACCCUCGGCAGCUCAAAGCGCGCCGAGACGUUUGAGCAGUGUCUCGGCUUCUGUGAUACGACUGCCGGCUGCGUCGACGUUGUCUGGUCCAACGCCAAGUACUGCUGGCUCAAGUCGUCCAAGAAGGGCAAUGGCUACAACUCGGGUGGCUGGUUCUCCGCUAUCAGGCGCACCGUCCAAGUCAAUUAA